AUGGCAGCUUUGGUUGCAAUGCCUAGGAUGAGAAUGAAAAUUACAGUUUUCCCAGAUGCUUUUCCUCCAUUUUGUGCCGAUCAUACAGACCGAAGAAAGUCUCAGUCUUCCAUAGAAGAAGGUCUUUUUCAGUCUCUGCGUCUUCAACAAAGGAGACCCAAGACCAAGUACGCGUUCGUUUUGCUCCUUCUCCCACUGGAAAUCUCCAUGUUGGUGGAGCUAGAACUGCGCUAUUCAAUUAUCUCUUUGCCAGGUACGUCCAAUGGAGGGAAAUUUGUUUUGAGAAUUGAAGACACUGAUUUGGAGAGGUCUACUAAAGAAUCUGAGGAGGCUGUGUUAAAUGACCUCUCUUGGCUUGGUCUUGAUUGGGAUGAAGGACCCGGUGUUGAUGGAGAUUAUGGUCCAUACCGGCAAUCAGAAAGAAAUUCUUUGUAUAAGCAAUACGCUGAGAAGCUUUUAGAGUCUGGUUAUGUCUAUCGCUGCUUUUGUUCUAGUGAGGAACUAGAGAAAAUGAAGGAGAUUGCGAAACUAAAACAACUGCCUCCAGUAUACACAGGGAAGUGGGCCAAUGCAACAGACAAGAAGUACAAGAAGAGCUUCAAAGAGGAACUCCUUACACAUAUCGGUUUCGUGUGCCAAAGGAAGGAAGCUUUUACUUUGUAUAGUGUCAUGAAGGUCAGUUGGAACUUGGACACUCUUGGAGAUUUUGUAAUUAUGAGAAGCAAUGGUCAACCAGUGUACAAUUUUUGCGUGACAGUUGAUGAUGCUACCAUGGCUAUCUCACAUGUUAUUAGAGCAGAGGAGCAUUUACCAAAUACUCUAAGGCAAGCAUUAAUAUAUAAGGUGGAUGAAUGGUCAACACUUGAGAGCACUUCCAUCAGAGGAGUUGACAAAGCUAUUGGUGAGCGAUGGAAAAGUACUGGCAUCCUUACAGAGUCAGAGGGUUCAUUUGUUGAAGACGCAGUUCAGUUGCUCAAGGAUGGGAUUGAUUUGACACCAGAUUCAGAUAAAGCACUCUCAAACUUGUUAUCGUACCCUUUACAUGAAACUUUAUCCAGUCUUGAAGCCAGACCAGUCUUAGAGGACAAACUUUCUGAGUUUGCAGCCAGCUUCAUAGCUGCUUAUGACAGUGGUGAACUACUUUCUGCACUCGAAGAAGGCCAUGCUGGUUGGCAGAAAUGGGUGAAGAGCUUUGGCAAAUCACUGAAGCGCAAGGGGAAAUCACUGUUCAUGCCUCUCCGAGUGCUGUUAACAGGAAAGCUUCAUGGCCCGGAUAUAGGGGCUAGCGUGCUUUUACUGCAUAAUGGUGGAAAAUCUGGUAUUAUUGCUCCUCAAGCUGAGUUUGUGACAUUGGAUGAAAGGUUCAGAGUAUUGAGAAAAGUUGACUGGGAAGCAUUAACCAAGAACCAGUCUCAGCUGGAGACUGCCGCCACUGUAUCAACUUGA